AUGAACAACGAAGAGCUUAGUGAGUUAGUUAAAAAGUUUCAGGCUAUCCAAAGACAGGAAGUCCCAAACCAAAUUGGUGAACGCAACGUUGUUGAGAUUAUCAACGUUUUACGAAAGAAGAAACUAGUUGAUCUCCUCUACACUGUUGAUGGUAAAGAAUAUCUUACCUGGGACCAACUUCGACGUGAAGUUGUAGAUGAGAUUAUUGUUAGUGGUGGACGCAUGAACGCUGUUGACCUUCCUAGUAGUUUAAACGUUCAUUUUACUUUUAUUGAGCGUGUACUUCCGGAGGUUCUUGCGGAACCCACCAUCCGCAUGGAGAGCGGAGAACUCAUUACGGAUGAGUAUCUAGACUCCACGGUUCGUGCUGCGGCGGAGGUGCUUGAGGAACGUGGAUUUCUUUCCAUUGCCGACUUUGCCAAGACCCACCAGUUCACGUCCGUCUUUGCCCACGGGCUCCUCACGGGGGCGGUGGGAUCCGGCCGGCUGCGGGCCGUACUGGAGGGAGGGGCGCUCUACACCCCGCGGUUCGUGCGGGCGCAGAAAGUCAUCCUGCGGGCGGCCCUCAUGGCGGCCACCCGCCCCGUCCGCAUCCCCGCCGUCGUCGCCACCCACAAUCUCUUCGCGCCCCUCGCAGAUGUCGUUGCAGCGGCAGUCGCCAAAGAACUUCCGGGGCGUCUUGACGGCGACGUGUACGUCCCAGCAUACUUCGAAGCCGAACGUGCAGUGCAGGUGGAGAACGUUUACAUCUCCAAUGGAUACAUCGAGUACGCCACUCUGCAGCAACAGGGCAUCGCUCAACCAAGGGAGUUUCUUCUCGCACGGUAUAAUCCAACCCCCAACCCACGACAGCAAACCGCAGAACCGCAGAAGAGGCGUGGACGAAGAAAUCAGACCACCACAAACAAUAAGAAUAAUACUAACAAUAAUGAUGACGAUUCGGCUCCAGUGACCCGAAGCGAAAGUCAUCCCAAUGCUGGGCACGCACUCUCCGCCUGCUUUGUUGCUGACCGCCUUCUCGCCAAUUUGGUGGCAUUUGAGGACCUUGUGCAGGGUGAUGCAGUCUCGCUUGACCUGGCCACACUCCUACCGCUUGCGGUCGAUAUGGAGCGGGAUUUUGACAUCCUACUGAAACGGUUACGCGAACUGCAUCCAAUUAUUCUUUCCUGCAUCGUCCUAGAAGGUGGUGUGUUUAUUCAUGAAUCAGCUCAGUCCAUUGUGAAGGAGCGAUUGCGUUCUUCCUUUGCCGAGACCCUCAAGAAAGGAGGUAAAAAAGGAGGAAAAAAACCACAGAGCGGCAUUGCAUUUGGAGAGGAACAAGAACAAAUACUUUUGCGCGUUAUAUCAGAUGUUACAGGUUUAUCAGAAGAACAGUACCGUUACGCUCUUGAGGAGCUCAGUUCCCAAUGGAAAGACUUAGCUGUGGAAAUAUACGAGGAGCUAUUAGCUGCUGUUGAUCAGAAUGCAUCAGUAGACCUCAAACGUAUGCGAUCGAAACUUCAGACUUCAUUAGGUGCAGCAUGGGUUGAUAUGGUAGUGGCUGCGAAGGGAGUUUCUUGGGCUGCAUCACAACUGGAUGAAACUGCUUCUCUUGCAAUCAAUCGUCACUUGUUAACAACUCGCGCCUUACCCAUGGUACGUGAUAUUUUGUUGAAUGAAAGCUUAGAUGUUCCUGAACUGUAUGAGCGUAUUUCUGAUAUUUUCGCGGUGGAGCAAAAGGAUCAGCAACAGCAACAACAACAACCAACAAUCGCCAUGCUCCAGAAGGCAUUACGCACUUUUCCGGAAACUCAGCGUCAGUUACUUUUGCCUAUUGUAGAGGCAGUAAAUGGAAAGUCUGUGGAAAACUUUUCAACUCUCUUGCAAGAAAUGUGCUCUACUGGCAAAAUUGCUGUUUCUUCUUUUCAUCCACCAAAUAAAAAAACUGAGAGGGAGACGCUUGCAGGGUUAAAAGCGGCAUUAGUAGAUCGGGUUAAGAGUGAAAUUUUUACCAACGAUGUGACAAGAAGCGCGUCUCUUUUCUCGUCUCUCUGCAGUCUUCUUGUUCAGAGUCAGUUUCACGUUUACAUUGAAAUCCCAGGGAAAGCAGUUGCAAGUGUGGUAGCGCGACUAGUCAAGGAGAGAGAAUCAGAUGCUGAUCGUCUGCAGGAGUGUCUGCACCACAUCACGGGUGCAAUCAGCGGGGGAGAACUAUCUGAAGAGUCUCUCGCAAUUCUUGAGCAGCUUCGCCAGGAGUCAAUAGAAGGAGCAUGA